CUGCGGCCCCGCCCCCGCGCUGACGUCACCGCAUUCCGGCUCCGCUCCUCCCGCCUCGGCGCCCGCACCGCAGUGACAGCUAGCCGGGCCCGGUGGCGGAGAGGAAGUGCGGUCCGCGCCAAGCUCGUCCCCGCCGAAGCCGGCUCCCCGCGGCUCGGGUGACAGCGUCGCGGCCGCCGGACGCAGCGCGGGGCAGGCGCGGGCAGAGCCGAGCGCAGCGGAGGCUCCGGCGGAGGCGCGGGGAAAAUGGCUGAUGACUUUGGCUUCUUCUCGUCGUCGGAGAGCGGGGCCCCGGAGGCGGCGGAGGAGGACCCGGCGGCCGCCUUCCUGGCCCAGCAGGAGAGCGAGAUUGCAGGCAUAGAGAACGACGAGGGCUUCGGGGCAUCUGCCAGCAGCCAUGCGGCCCCCGCGCAGCUGGGACCCACGAGUGGGGCUGGUUCUGAGGACAUGGGGACCACAGUCAAUGGAGAUGUGUUUCGGGUAAGCAAGGCGCUGUCUCAGCAGUGGUGAGGACCAACAGCCCUGAUCUCAGUAACUUAAAGCCUCAUUGUUGUAGGCUUACGGCUCCAAGUUCUCCUGUUCAUUAUAUCUGAUGCGUUGGGGUGGGAACAUAGAGAAAGGUUUUUGGCAUGUUUUCUUGUCAUGUAGAGGGCAGGGAAGAAGAAUAAGGACCACCAGUGAUUGAGAUUGAUGGGGAGUAACCUCAAGGUGCCCAUGGUGAUGUCUAGUUUUGGGAGGGAGAGGUCAAGUAGCCCACGGUGGCAUGAGAUGAAGGCAGCGCAAGGCCUUCCCUGACCAUGUACCACUGACGGGAGGCAGAACCCAGGCCAUCUCCACACACAGGGCGGGCCCUUUGGUCCCGAUAUUCCACUUCCAGAAUUUUCCCAAAGGAAAUAAUUGGACAAGGCCACCCAGAUUCUCUGCAGGAUUAUUUAUAAUGGCAGACAAAUUGGAGACAACCUAAGUGUCCGGCAUCAGGGGACUGAAUAGAUAGAUUGGAAAACCAUGCUGUUGUUAAAAAGGGCAAUCAGGGCUGGGUGCAGUGGCUCACGCCUGUAAUCCCAGCACUUUGGGAGACUGAGGUGGGUGGAUCACUUGAGGUCAGAGUUCAAGACCAGCCUGACCAAC